CCAAAGUCAUAAGAACGAUUUUACCAUACGCUAAAACUUAUAGUACUUAUUUUGCCCACCAGAGAACGGUGACGGUAAGAUGUUCAUAUUUAUUGUUGUUAUAACGCACAGACCACACCAGACGGGAAAGUAGAUCCAAAAAGAAGGCAGUUUUUUUCAUCAUUGUUCAGUACAUUACAAAUCGUAUUUAUCUGUCUUUAUCACACUUACUACAAAACGUUUGUAGAGGCGCUUUUGUAUUUACAGAAAUCUUUCGAAAGUUACAUUAUUUGCACACAGAUGUCACUACCAUAAUUGACAUUAAUAAAUGGAAUGUGAAAUGACACAUGUAAAACCCCGCCCGUUCUGUUUUGUUCAUCAUGCUACAUGCACUUGGAUUCUAUUUGUGGGUUUGUGUCGUUUCAAUAAUCAUCAUUCACCGGAAAAUGAGAUUUUGUAUUGUGUGCGGUAAUUCUGAAGACGACGUAAAGCAUUUAUUUUGCUUUCCCCGUAGCGCAGACAGGUCGCAAAUAUGGCAGGAAGCUAUGGGAAUGAAAUAUAGACCACUAUGUGGCCAUGUUAGAAUCUGCAAUGAGCAUUUCACAAAAGAUAGAUUUGUGCCGUGUACCUCAGUUUUACGUUUGAAAGCUGAUGCAGUGCCCACAAUUCUGGAAGUCCAGAAGGACCAUGUUAUGAAGGGACUGGACCAGAUAGCAAAUAAAAAAGUAAACAUUAUAUCCCAAUAUAUAAUAAAGCCAGAACCACAGACUCUUUUGGAUACCAAAUCAUUAAGUAAUGCAAACAGUGAAGUUACUGAACAUGAGAAAACAAAUUCCUCGCAGUCACCAUCCCAACGGGCUGUCACACCAAUUUCAAGUACAGUUAGAUAUAGAAGGACUCUUUUUAAGGACGUUGAAGGCUUGUGUUCAACACAGAUAACACCAAGAAAGCAAAAGUUGAUGGUUAUUGUGAAGAGGAAGCAGGGUCGCAUAAGAAAAUUACAAAAAGUUUGCAAACAAAAAGGGAAAAGGAUUAAAACUUUAAAAAAUAUAGCAAUGAAUAAUUGUUUCAAAGGUAAACAACAAGUAAUUAUAAUUUGCAUUUACUUCUAAACUAAUAAUUUUUUUCCUUGCAGGCAUGCCAUCUACCAUAUCUAACUUUAUGAUGUCUCAGAUUCGUUGUGCCAAGCGCUCGCCACAUGGGAGACGGUGGACACUGGAUGACAAAAUAAUGUCUUUAGCGAUUUAUAAACGAAGCCCAAAAUGCUAUGCUUUAUUAGAACGUCUCUUAGUUCUUCCAUCAAGAAGAACACUUUUUUCAUUACUGCAGAGCAUUCCUUUCGAUGUGGGAAUUAAUGAACGCCUUUUCCUUCAUCUGGGGCACUGCCUUUAACGAUUUGAUGAAAAGGAUCGUUUUUGCACGCUGGCCUUUGAUGAGAUGGCAAUAAGGGAACAUAUAAAAUAUAAUCCAUCGGCUGACUGUAUCGAAGGUCUGGAAGAUUGUGGAAGCGGUAAGAGAACCAGGCAGUUGGCAAGAUAUGCCCUAGUCUUCUUUGCCCAAGGAAUUUGCCGAGCAUGGAAACAACCUCUUGCCUAUUACUUUACAGCCAACGGCGUUUCUGCACAGAAAUUGCAGUGUGUACUGAGAGAGGUGUUAGAUGCUGCGAGUAAGGCUCACAUUCCCAUAGUGGCCACCAUUUGUGACAUGGGCACUGCUAACGUGAGAGCUAUAAAAAACAUGGGAUCAGACAUUAAUAAUCCUUACUUUGUGCACAAUGAAUUGAAAAUAUUUACCAUAUUUGAUGUGCCACAUCUAUUGAAAUGUUUUCGGAACCUAUUUCGGAAAUAUAAUAUUUUGCUUCCCACUGUAACCGUUGCUACUCAACGACAAUUAAUGCAAGCCAGGUGAUCAGAUAUAAAAAUUGCUUAUGAGCAAGACAAGAAAAAUCCACUGAUCUUUCGCAGUCUACAUAAGUUAAAAGAUUUUUAUUUAUAUCCAGUAGGCCAAACAGCUAUGAAAGUUAAAGUUGCUGCACAAACCUUGAGCCGAACAGUGUCUGUAUAUUUAUAUAAUUUAGUGCAACAAAACAUUUUGUCACCACGAUCAUUAGCUACUGCAACCUUUAUUCAAGAAAUGGAUGAGUUAUUUGACAGCCUAAAUGCUUCAGCUAGAGUUGCACCUGAUGGCAAGCCGUUUAAAUGCAUCGUUUCCGAAGAAUCAGGCCACACUUCGUUUUGGGAAGAUGCAUUCAGAAGAGUAAAUCAAUAUAAAUUUAUAAGAAAACCAGACGAUGAAUUUAACGCCCAUCAUUGGAAACCGCCAUCACAGCGAGGAUGGCUACAUACCUUGAGAGCCACCACUGAACUGUGGAAAUUUCUAAAAACGCAAGGGGUCAAAACUUUGAAAACAAAAUGUAUAAAUCAGGAUGGACUUGAAAACCUUUUUGGAAAUAUUCGUGCAGGCUGUGGUUCUAAUGAAAAUCCUACUGUGACACAGUUUAUCGGGUCUCUGAAAACACAAAUUAUUAAUGGACUCACAAAUCAGGGUUUGAAGGGAACAAAUUGCGAGGAAGAUGAAUUAACUCUUUUAAGUAAUUUACGUUCCUUGUUAGAACCUGCUGCUGGUGUUUCAGAAUCCGUUGAAAGUAUGAACGAAUCAAGUAUUGAAAUUGCAGGCACCUCACUAAGUAAUUACAGCAACUCUAGUGCAUUUGCUGUUGACAUUGCAAAUGCUGUAGAAAUUGGUUCUCUUCAGACAUUAUCGGUUGCUUAUGUCAGCGGUUUUAUAACUAAAAAAUUAUUUUCAAACUUUGUUUGCGAUAGAUGCAGUUACAUCUUGAGCUCAGAUGACACUGAGCCAUGUAAUCAAUUUAUUUCCAAUAAGGAAUUCUCAAAUUCUAAGAAUAAAUUGUUUUAUCCUUCUAAACAGUUUGUUAUUGCGGUUGGUAUUGGUAUUACAGUUUUAGAGAAUAAGCUACCAAUUAUUUGUGAAAAGAAUAACCUACAAGGUGUAGCAACAAAUUUGCUUAACCAAGAAAUUGAUUUCUCAUUUAUUACUUGUGAGGAACAUUUUUAUUUUUUGAAAGAUUUUUUUCUUAAAAGUAUAUGUAGAAUCGGAAUCCCAUGGUACUGUACAAGACUUGUCCGAAAUUUAAGAUCUGAAGCCAGCCGGCAAAUGUCAGCACGCACAAAAAGAAAAAUUUUGCAUAAAUAAUAACAAUACCAUUAAAUGUCUACUGUCUUCUUGGACAAUUCAUACACCUACAGUACCAUCAAAUUCUGAUUCAUUGGGUCCACAUUUACAAACAACUUUGUCCUCUUGCAUAACGUUUUGUUUCAGUUUUCUUGGAAUCCCUAUGAUCUAAUGUUACUAGUUCUCAUUCAGUCUGUGUUUGUUAUGAAAAGAUGUGGCAUAGCAUUAUUAUUAUUGUGAAUCUUUGUUGUACUUAUGCAAAUACAAUUUGACAAAGCUCAAUUUUUGUUUCAAUUAUUUUUCUAAAUGUUUAAAAACAUUUUAAAUUAAAUUUUAAUUCAAAAUUAAAAAUCCCGCUAUUCGUCGGCCAAGAGCGCCACCUAGGUACGUUUUAUAUCGCGAUGAGAGAGAAGAACAACAACUGUUUCUCUCGUCUGCCACUUCCAGAUUAUUGAGUUGCGUGUCUGGUGUGGUCUGUGUUAUAACGGAAUUCGGUAGUUGAUGGACAGUGUUGGCGGAAUAAUCUCGAAGCCGGGAUGUACGACGAAAUGAAUAUAUUACGAUCUAUUUAUGGUUUCUACGAGAAUUAAAAAAAAUUUAUUCGAUUCGAUUAAUUCUCAAUAUUGAUUUGUUUUUAUAAUUGAAACGCAUAAAUUGUAAUCGAUUUAUGGAAACCGAAAAUCUGGUUGUCCGCGGUCACUUUGUUCUGUGAAAAAUGGGAGUAGCAGUGUAUGUAACUGUACGGGGUAAUAUGAUAAGUGACUUAAAUACUUACAGAUUGAGGUAAGAGGGAUUUUAAAGAUGAUUUUCUACUCGAUACGUCGUGUUCUUUACCAAAAAUGCAACACAGCAUCGCCGCCAUCUGUACAUCGUGUUGAGAAGCGUAAUGCGAAAUUCUAAUGAUGAAAAAUUGAAUUAUAACCCACACGAAACGUAGGAAUAAUGAAGUCAGAUAAAAAUAUACAGGGUGCUAACAAAUAUAUAUAGAAAUAUACUUAACCAAAAUGAUAUAAGGAAGACUUUGUUGAAAGACGUGAAAAUUAGGUUAGGUUAGUUAAGUUAUUUGUUUCUUUUGUGUGAGGCUGUCAACGGGGAACGUAUUAAAAAAAAGAAGAAUUCAAGAAAAAUUGCGUUUUAUUAGAUAGGACGUGGUGAUUAAGACAGAGAUAAGUAUACAGGGUAUUGAAAAUAUACUCGAAGAAAAUGUAAUUGCAGUGGUAUUCGAGACGUUCUGUCGAUAUUUAUGAAAGUUAGUUUGAGUUCUCUGUCACCGUACAAAAUAUUAACAUCGCCGCCAUCUAGUCGAAACGCGUAAUGUGAAGUUAUGAUGAUGCAAUAAAUAUAUACAGGAUGUUCGGAAAUACUUAAAACAAGUGACAUUUGGAAUAUUUUUUUGACGUACGCGAAAAUUAGGUUAAGUUCUUCAUUUUUAGAACUAUCAAUGUGAAAGUUAUUAGAAAAGAAGUAUUUUAGAGAUAUUUCAAGUUUAUUUGAGAUAAAAAAGAAGAAA